UUGAGAUGUAAAAAAUGAGGGGUGUGUUUCCUGUUAGAAUUUAGAAACACCCCACUACGGCACUGGCGCACUGCCCCAGUUUUCUGGAAAACAACCAUACAAUGCCCUUUCUUUAUCCAAGACACUUGUUCACACAAAUUAAACUCUUUUCUAGUUCCUAAUCUCCUCCAAACUCCGAACAAGAAAUUGAAUUACAGAUCUCAGAUUCAGAGUUGUCCCUGGGGCUUCAGGGGCGGGGUCGCAGGCAAAAGAAAUCAAAAUUUUAGGCCUAGUAUUCUGCCUUUCAAUAGGUGUUCGUAAGCGGAGUAGUCAUCUAUCAUCCACGAACGGUCAAGAGUCGAACGCCCCCGCCGAGCCGCCGAGUCCCCUGCGGAUUCGCCCUCCGGCAGCCCCCAGGACGCAGCACACCACCACUGUCACUCCGCCAGGCUCCAGUACCGCAAAACACCUCGUGGCACUCGCCUCACGCCGUCGCCCGGUCUCCUGCUCUCCGCCACUCACCCUUUGGCGGUUCGGCCAAUUGGUCUUCAAGCAGUAGUCUUGCAGGAAGAAAAGAAAGGCUGAUUAGUAUGGGGGGCGGGUCAAUGGGUCAAAAGCAGCUUUCUGGAAUGCAAAAACAGGUGCUCUCACUUUACAGGCAAUUCUUAAGAGCAGCACAGUCCAAACCUCAGAAAGAAGAGAGGAGGCAGAUUGAGUGUCUGGUGUCGGCUGAGUUUCGUCGGAAUGCCGUUCAAGUUGACCGUAAGAAUUUCUUGUACAUUGAGUACUUGCUUCGUCGUGGUAAGAAGCAACUUGAAAUGCUCAAAAGCCCAGAUACCGUCCGGUUGUCCUCUUUGACUGUUGCUGUUGACUCUUCAUCUUCUUCACAAACAACUAAUUAAUGGAUAGGAAUGUGAGUGAACUUUGCAUGUUUCGCAUUUACAUAUUUGUAUAGUCAAAGGUAGGAAAUGCUGUUGUCACUUUUCUUUUAUAAUAAUAAUUAUUAUAUUCUAAUAUUUGUGCUUACUCUACGCUGCCUGGUUUGCAUGCUCUGUGUGGUUUUCUGUAAACGCAUGGUGUAAUUGAAUUGUGGGUCCAUUGUUAAUCUCAUUUUCUUGUUAUGCUAAGAUGCUCAAUCUGGAUUGCUUGGCCAA